AUGAGCAAGCUGCGCUUUUGCGUGGCGGCGUGUACGAGCGAGGACUCGGCGUUCCUGGCUUCCGAACUGGAACAACCUGCCGACAACAGCCAAGGCUACAUGACGGCCAAGAACUGCCCAUACCCGCAAGAACUGGUGCUACAACUCGAAGACGGCCUCUGUCGGCUAACCCAAGUACAGCUUCUCUCUCACCAGAGCCACAUUGCCACUAAAAUGGAGCUCUUUGUCUCUAAAAGCCUUUCGUUUGAAGGAAAUUCCACAAGGUUCAGCCGAUUAGGGUUUCUUACUCUUAAACCCAAUACCGAGAGCAGAUACAUGGCCAGAGAGCUCAAAACGGUACAUAUCGACCACGAGGCAGCGCUGCUUAAGCUGCGCAUCCACGCAUGCCACGUGAACGACCACAACCUGUACAACCAGGUAGGUAUCAUGGAUAUCAGCUUGUGCGGGGAACCACUCGAACUGCUACCGAGCCACUCGAGGGACGAAGUUGACCAGAGCUUUGAUAUGAGGUUCGACGCCAAGACAGCUGCCAGGAUACGCGAGAUUCAAGUAGCCAAGGACCAAGCUGUAGCCAACGAGGACUAUGACCAGGCUAAGAGACUCAAGCAGAUGGAAGAACAGUUAAAGAGCGUUGGCUUGCAGCUUGCUCGACUUGAAGCCCAGAAGAGAGAAGCCGUGGCCAAUGAAGACUACGAUCUGGCCAAGAAGAUCAAGCACGAGAUCGGCAUGCUGGAGGCUUCAGUCGGUAGUAACGAGACGCAGCCAAUCCUCCCGAUGCCACCGGUGGCGCCUUCUCCUUCAAGAAGUCAAGUGAUGCCCAGGAUUGGCGCAAUGCAGCGCUCGACGUCCAGUUUCGCACCGAGAGACAUGUAUCCUGAGGACCCGCAGGUUGCUAAGAGCGGGAGUUUCUAUGGAGACGGAAGUGGAUCACUACGUCACUCGCAGCAAGACGAAAGUGGAGGUCCGAGCGCGCAUUUUAGAGGCCUCCCGGACGCUGAGAACUUGCCGGAUCCUGACGAAAUCCCGCCAGCGUUGGCCAAAGAAAGCGAAGAGCUGAUCGCUGUGAUCGGUCCGUUCUUUACUCGUUGCUUCUAUAGUAACCUGUGGAAUCAUCGUGACGCUGCGAUUCGCAAGGUCACGAUGGACAUGGGCGAUUACCCCGUUGAGCCAGUGCGAUUACUGGAGGUGUGCUCUACUCUCGCACAAAGCGGGGCAGGAGACCGUAUCGCUCAAGUGGCGCUGUCAGCUUUCGGACUGCUGGACCGUAUGGUGGUGUUUGGCUCGCGUAUCCGCCGCGACGAUAUGUGUCGAGUUCUCGGCAAUAGCAUGACUCAGCUGGUAAACAAGCUCGGCGAGUCUCAAGCGAAGGUUCGCGAGGAAGCUGCGGCUGUUCUGGGGCGACUAGCUGCCGCAAAGAAUGUGGGCGUGGCUUUUGUGACCUCACAUCUCACCAAGCGCUCCAAGAAGCCUCUCGGACUCAAGCUGCUGCAAGGUCGGCUGCUUGUGCUGAAGAAACUUCUGGCAGAAUUCGAGCUGCUGCCUGACUCCGACUUCUCGGUGUCUGGUAUCAUGGGGCUCCUCGAAGACUGCAACUGUCUGGCACAUCAAAGUCGAGAUAUACGAGACGCUGCGAAGGAUAUCACUGUGUCGCUUUAUCUCGUGGUAGGCGCAGACGUCGAAGGCUACUUGAAAUCACUGCGACCAAAGCAGCUGGAAGAGUAUCAAGCGGCGUUCGAAGCAGCAGAAACAGCGAAGGUGUCAAGCCGUCGUGACUCUGUGGACGAGUACACGUGUCCGUUCUGUGGCGUUGUGGACGACAAGUUUGACUCGGACUACCUGGAUCAGCACUUCUGGGCGUCUUGUAAGAUGCUGACGCCAUGCAAAAUGUGCGGCCAAGUGAUUGAGAUCUCGACGCUGAAUGAACAUCUGCUGACCGAGUGCGAGAUGCAGCAGAACCACCGCGAGUGUCCUCGAUGUGGAGAGGCCAUCACUGCCAAGUUCUACGAGCGACAUGUGUCGCUAAAUGAUUGUCCACCUCGUGCGCCGUUAAAUCGAGCUAACCGCUGUCCACUGUGUCACGAGGAUAUCGCCCCUGGGAAGAGAGGCUGGCGACGUCACUUGCUAGAGCAAGGCUGUUCAAACAACCCUCGAAGCUAG